AUGCCAACCAAGGAGGGCCUCUGCCAGGGCAGUGAUGGUACUUGCAACUGUGAAGUGUUCUUCCCAAAAAAAGGCAACACCACCCACUGCUUGGAAUGUCUGCAUGGGAUAAGCAAGCAUCACAAUGCUGAUGGUACCUCAGUUGCCACCCAACCUCUCCCUGCCAUAUCCAGCUCAUCAAAUGUGGUGAGAAUAUUCGAAGGCCUUGCUAACAAACAUCCCACCAGCUUGUCUCAGGUUGCUCAAUUGGAUCCCUGUCAUGAGGCACUAGCAAUGAAAUCUUCAAAGCUAGUCCAGAAGAUUCUUACAUUGCAAAUUGAAAUCAAGGCUAAUGAUAGGAAGAUAUUCAUCCAGCAGCUCGAAGAUCAUGGAUGUUACCUGCAACAAACAAUCAAAAUUGACACAUCAUGGUCCCAUGACAACAUCACCACCCAUCUUCAUUCUUGGUUCCCCAAAGUCUUCAGACAUUUCAAUGCACAUUCUGUCCACCCAAACAGUAUUGUUCUUGCUUGUUUCAAGGGAUGUCAGAAGGCAAGUAUAGCUGAUAGUAACUUGUGGUUUGUUGAGUUGGACAUUGUGGGAAUGGACAUUGAGGCAAUGAGUAAUGAUGGAAGUGAAGUAAUUGAACUCUUGAGCUCUGUUGCUGAGCUCAACAUCAAUGCCAUGGCUGAGACAGUUAAUGCAAAUGCACUGCCCACCUGGCCUUGUCAACCUGCAGGGCCCAUUUCUGGGCUGGUGAUGGUGAAAGAGCUCCUGUCUGACAGUGAUGACAACACCCCACCCAACCCAUGGUCCACUCAAUUCAAUCAAACAAUGUUGCUGAAGGAUGAUGAUGUCUCUGAUAUUGAUCUGUGA